CACUUUUGAGACUCGAACUUGAAGCUUAACUAAAACAAAAAUUGUCACGGCGCAGUUGCUCAUAAUAAAAAUAGGAUUUUUAAAUCGGGUUAAAGUAAUACUAUUAUAACGGAACGGAACAAAAAUAUUUACAAUGUUUUUGUUUAGCUAGCGAAGAAGAUGAAUGCUUUCGUUUUUGUAUUAUACCAAUGUGCAUAUAGGAAAUUUUCUUCAGUCAAUGAAAGAUUUAAUACAAUGUUUGCAAGCAUAUUUCCUCCGUGACGUGACAACGGUUUGACUCACUAAAAACAGGUUUUUCUCGUUUUUAUGUAUAAAUCACACUGAUGAACAAUAGUGUAGUGUUCAGCAGCAGUACGCAGCCAACUUCGUUGUUGCCCAAAAAUGAUGCGUCGACUAAAUAAUUUAGCAACCCUGUUGUAACAUUAGGCUAAAGCUAUAUUGUACCCGAUAACUUAGGUCAGUACCAAUAGAAAGCUUGAACAGUUUGGAUGAAAGUUUUAUUCAAAUAAAAUUACCCAUAAAAUUAAAAGGUUUAGCUUUUUCGUUUAAAGAAGUUUCGUCUGGUGAGUGGUGCUGUGGAUCAUCGCGAAUUUAGUUAGACACAACGUAGGGAUUUCUGGUUAGCGUUAACAUUGGUGCCGUGACCAGGAUUUUUCAAUUCGUUUGAUGAUCCAUACCGACAUAUUCAAAAAGGAUUCGAACAAUACUGGAAUUGUUCCAUUAGCUGCGCCAUUUGUGAAACUUGAAUAGUUCCAUUCAAGUCAUUGUUCAUCGAUACAAUUUCAAAUUGUUACGACUUGAAUUUGAAUUGUAUGACAUUACAUCGUAACCGGAACCAUCCAUCGGACUUGGAGAACAUUAUCCUGCAUUUGUCAUCGACUUCAAAAGGAUUUCCGGAAGAUGAUUUUGGAUUUUUGAAGACUUUUUGGAUUUUCGCCCGACUGCACGAUCCUGUUGAAUUUUAUACAAGGCAUUUUCUUGCCUUGGAAAAGGUGAGUACCUUUCCAAGUUGCCACCCUUCCGUGGUCGGGACUACUGUGGUCUUUUUCGUCUACAGAUUUAAUCAAUCGCCGAGUUUUUAAUCAUUGUUGCUACUGCUGCUAUUCACGAGGCGUGAUGUCGAACGCACAGGACAUAUCGAGGCUCACGUCGAAGAGAACCAGUAUUACAACAGCGCUGGGUCGGGUAGAGGCUUUUCUGCAGACCUUCAAUGCGGAGACGGAUCAACCACAAUUAGAAUUGAGGAUUGCGCAUUUGGAUGGAUUAUGGGUCAAAAUGGAGGAUGUUCUGGACCAACUAGAAGGAUUUGAGGAGAGUGAAGAAGGUAUGGCGGUGCAUGAUGCAAUUCGUAGUGAUUUUGAAUCACGUUUUUUCAAAAUAAAAUCACUACUUCUCUCUAAAUUAUCGUCUCUCGCUGGCAAUUUCCCUACUUCUACACACAAUGCAAAUACUAACUCCACUCUCUCUGGGAUUAAACUACCUACGAUUUCGUUACCUGAAUUUGAUGGCGAUUAUAUGCGAUGGUUGGCUUUUCAUGAUACGUUUCUGGCGUUAAUUCACUCUAAUCCUGAUGUGGCGGAUAUUCAAAAGUUUCAUUACUUGAGGGCUGCUAUCAAGGGAGAAGCCGCUCAACUAAUCGAGUCCAUUCCAAUCAGCUCCGCAAAUUACAAUUUAGCAUGGCAAACUCUAACAUCUCGCUAUUCGAACGAAUAUUUGUUGAAGAAGCGUCACUUACAAGCGCUCUUCGACAUACAACGAAUAAAAAAGGAAUCAGCGGUAUCACUCCACAGCCUGGUGGACGAAUUUGAACGACACAUCAAGGUUCUCCGUCAGCUGAACGAACCAACGGAUACGUGGAGUACAAUUUUGGAACAUUUGUUAUGUACCCGGCUACCCGAAGAAGCUCUUCAAGCAUGGGAAGAGAAUGCAUCUCGAGUCGACGAUCCUAAUUACGCUUGUCUCAUCGAAUUUCUGCAAAGAAGAAUCAGGGUACUAGAAUCGAUGUCAGUGAACAAUCACAAUUCCUCAGCAAACUCGUUUUCGUCAAAUCAACAUUUGAAAAAGCAACCACCAUUUCGUUUCUCUUCGUGUGCAUCUACUGCAACACCCACUGACAAGUGUCCAGCAUGCAAUCAGCUACACUUGCUAAUGAAAUGUCAAAAAUUCAAUCGGUUUUCCCAUACCGAACGUCAACAAUUUGUUUCGUCCAAACGUCUACGCAACAACUGCUUGCGAAAGGACCACAUUGCACGAAAUUGUCCUUCCAGCUUCAACUGCAAAGUUUGCAAUCGUCGUCACCAUACACUCUUACACGCUAGCACUGCGGAAAGUACGAAGAAAGCUUCCAACAGCGCCGAUUCUUCUGCUUCACAGUCGUAUGUUGCCCCAAUAUCUCAGCCAUCAACUUCACAUGCUGCAGAUUCCCAACAGACAUCGGUCACUGCCACCGAAAUUAUGCCCGUUGUGAAUUGCACCCCCGUUCAUCAGUCGAAUGAAAAUGUAUUUCUCUUGACGGCUGUGAUAAAAAUUGUAGACGCCUAUGGUCAAGAGCAUCUAGCACGAGCCCUCUUGGACAGCGCAUCUCAGCCCAACCUGAUCUCUCAACGUAUGGCCCAAAUCUUGAAAUUAAUACGCAACAAAGUCAACAUACUUAUCCAAGGAGCGGGCAAGCUGUCCAAACCAGUAACAGAAGCGGUUUUUACCGAAAUCAAAUCAAGAAAAGAAGAUUUCUCACAAAGUGUCAAUUUUCUGGUGAUGGACAAACCCACUGCCAAUCUCCCAGCACAUAAUGUUUCCAUCGGACACUGGAAAAUUCCUGCAGAUUUGUUUCUUGCUGAUCCUCACUUUAACAAGUCACAACCAAUCGACAUCGUUUUGGGCGUGAAGCACUUUUAUUCAUUUUUCCCCGAUUCCACACGCAUCCACAUUGACCGCCAACAUCCUGUUCUUGUAAAUAGCGUUUUUGGUUGGAUAAUAGCCGGUGCAACAAGCUUCAACACAAACCCGAACAUUGUUCAACCCCAGAAUGUGAUCGCUAUAACCAUGAUCUCGCUAGAAGAAUCCCUAGAAAGAUUCUGGAGCAUUGAACAUUUGUCUGUGAAAGAUAAUCUAUCAAUAGAAGAGAGAAAAUGUGAAGAUUAUUACAAAAAAACUAUUCUUCGCAAGGUAGAUGGCCGCUACAUCGUACGCUAUCCGAAGCAGAACGAUUUCGAUAUAAUGCUAGGCACCUCGAAACCUAGUGCGCUUCGUCGAUUUGAAUUGCUCGAAAAGCGACUGGAAAGGGACCCACAAUUAAAAGCAGAAUACCACAAUUUCAUGCGAGAAUAUUUGGCUCUUGGACACAUGCGUCUCGUCAAAACAGAUACUACGACCUCGAAGACAUUCUACUUGCCUCAUCACCCGGUCUUUAAAGAAGCCAGUACGACGACAAAAAUGCGUGUCGUGUUUGAUGGUUCGGCAAGAACUUCUACGAACUUCUCUCUAAACAACGCACUCUGUGUAGGCCCGGUUGUACAAGACGACUUACUCACUAUCAUUUUGCGAUUCAGAACGUACCAAAUCGCAUUAGUAGGCGAUAUCGCAAAAAUGUAUCGCCAAGUUCUGGUGCAUCCCGAUGACGUUCCACUGCAGCGUGUGAUUUGGCGUUUUUCCAAUGAUGUUCCUGCUCAAACGUACGAACUGCUUACUGUCACAUAUGGCUUAGCUCCGUCAGCAUACCUCGCUACACGUACGUUGAAUCAAUUAGCCGAAGAUGAAGGCCACAAUUACCCAUUGGGAGCCCGUGCCUUGAAGGAAAACUUCUACGUUGACGAUUUCAUCGGUGGGGCCCAAACGACUGAUGAAGCACUGCGUCUGCGAGAAGAAUUGAGUCAACUCUUAAGGAAAGGUGGUUUCAGUCUACGAAAAUGGUCUACAAAUCAGCUACAAGUAUUGCAUGGACUGAACGAUGAUGAAACCUAGUGCGCUUCGUCGAUUUGAAUUGCUCGAAAAGCGACUGGAAAGGGACCCACAAUUAAAAGCAGAAUACCACAAUUUCAUGCGAGAAUAUUUGGCUCUUGGACACAUGCGUCUCGUCAAAACAGAUACUACGACCUCGAAGACAUUCUACUUGCCUCAUCACCCGGUCUUUAAAGAAGCCAGUACGACGACAAAAAUGCGUGUCGUGUUUGAUGGUUCGGCAAGAACUUCUACGAACUUCUCUCUAAACAACGCACUCUGUGUAGGCCCGGUUGUACAAGACGACUUACUCACUAUCAUUUUGCGAUUCAGAACGUACCAAAUCGCAUUAGUAGGCGAUAUCGCAAAAAUGUAUCGCCAAGUUCUGGUGCAUCCCGAUGACGUUCCACUGCAGCGUGUGAUUUGGCGUUUUUCCAAUGAUGUUGUGCUAGGACCCUUGCUUUUCUCACUCUACAUCAAUGAUCUUCCGAACAAUCUAAAUAAUUGCAGAGUUCACCUUUUCGCAGAUGAUGUUCAAAUUUAUUUUGAUUGUUCCGGCUUAUCGAACCAAGAUGCUUCGUUAUUAAUAAAUAGGAACUUAUCACUGAUCGCAAAGUGGGCAGAAACUAAUAAACUUCUGUUGAAUGCAGAUAAAUCACAGGCUAUAUACAUUUCACGACCCCAAAAUCAAAUUUCCAGUAAACCCCCGGUUUACUUGAAUGGAAAUCUCUUGCCAUAUCACGAUACAGUCACUAGCCUUGGAGUCAUAAUUCAACAGGAUUUAGAAUGGGACACCUAUAUAUUGAAGCAGUGUGGUAAGAUCUAUGCUUCUUUACGAUCGUUGAAAAUGAAGACCUUUUUUCUCAGACCUGCUACUAAAUUGCUACUGUUCAAAAGCCUAAUAUACCCUCAUUUUAUCUCAUGUGAUUUCGUUAUUCCACAGGCCUCUGCAUAUGCCUUAGGUAGGCUGAAGGUGGCAUUGAACUGUUGCGUUCGUUAUAUUUAUAACAUCAAUCGUUAUUCCCACGUUUCACAU